UCCGGCCUUUGUAGUUAUUCUCUGGCCGCGGUUGUCACGGACUCGGAGCUGGUGGGACCUGGGCUGGGUAGCCGCCUCCCACGGACGCCCGAUUUUGGGAUUCCUGAAGACGAGAUCAAGGAGGACUUAUCAAGAAUUGUUUCUUUCUUUUUUUUUUUUAAAUCAUACUUAAAAUGGCCACAACUUUGGCCCUUCAGACUCCAGAGGUACAGGAGCAACUUCCAGCAGUGAAAAUAGAAGAGGACGAGGGGAACCGGGCCUGUGGGCAAAAAUCUGGCCUAUUAGGAGGUGAUAACCCACAUACCAGAGAGCUCUUCCGGAGACGCUUCCGGCAGUUCUGCUAUCAGGAGACACCUGGACCUCGAGAGGCUCUUCGAAGCCUCCGGGAGCUGUGCCAUCAAUGGCUGAGGCCCGAGACCCACACCAAAGAGCAGAUCCUGGAGCUGCUGGUGCUGGAGCAGUUCCUGACCAUCCUGCCCGAGGAGCUGCAGGCAUGGGUGAGAGACCACCACCCCGUGAGCGGAGAGGAGGCAGUGACUGUACUGGAGGAUUUGGAGCGAGAGCUGGAUGAACCAGGCGCAAAGGUCCCAGCCCACGCUCAUGCAGGGGAAGCGGUGGUACAGGAGAAAGCAGCUCUCGGAGAAGCCCAGGAGUUGUCGGGUGGCAACCGGCAAGCCUUGCAAGAGCAGCAUCAGAGUCAUCUGGGAGAGGGGUGCCCAGCUCAGGAGACUGGUGAAGAGGCUGGGACUUGGAGUGUGGCGUUAGCACCAAGAAAGGCGCUUUCUAAAGAAAUGAAAUCUCUCGUGGAAGUACCCAGAAGACUGAACGGUGAUAUUAUUCAGAUGCUGGAAUGUCGAGACACCCAUGACCCUGAGGGCAGACUGGAAAGGCAACGGGGAAGCUCUUCAGUGGAGAGGCCCUAUAUCUGUGGUGAAUGUGGGAAAAGCUUCACUCAGAAUUCCAUUCUUAUUGAGCACCAGAGAAGGCACACGGGCGAGAAGCCCUAUGAGUGCGAUGAAUGUGGACGGGCCUUCAGCCAGAGGUCAGGCCUGUUCCAGCACCAGAGACUCCACACGGGGGAAAAGCGUUACCAGUGCAACAUUUGUGGGAAAGCUUUCAGCCAGAAUGCCGGGCUGUUCCACCACCUCAGGAUCCACACUGGGGAAAAACCUUACCAGUGCGAUCAGUGCAAUAAGAGCUUUAGUCGACGUUCUGUCCUUAUUAAGCAUCAGAGAAUUCACACUGGAGAAAGACCUUAUGAAUGUGAGGAAUGUGGCAAGAACUUCAUUUACCAUUGCAACCUCAUCCAGCAUCAGAAAAUUCACUCUGUGGCUGACUCCAGCUAGCUCCUUGGAACAGGUAGGGAAGAAUUUCCUGAUGUCAAGGCAAGGUCUCAAGGGUGGUGCUGCUUUGUCCCUGAGAGAAUAGUAGUUUAAUCCUCUAGAUGGGAAACUCCAAGGAAAACUGUGAAAAUGCCCUUAUUUUGUGCUGACCGAAGUGUGACAGUAUCUUAAAACAUCUGUCGAGUUCUCUGCUAGGUGAUAUUCACGGCUUUGUGUUACUGGAUAUUGUCAAGUUGGCUUCAUCAGCAUAGUCACACACACACCAGUACAAAAAAUUUUCUAGGUGUACUUACGGAAAACUUCAUGUUAGUUUUAAGAAAUUAUAUGUAGCCUGAGAUAGUUCACUGAAUACUUAAAAUUAGCUGCAGUAAAAUCUAUAAACUACUUGAAUAUUUUCCAUUUUCAUAAGCUGUGACAAUUUACUUUUUAACAGGAGAUGAUUCCUCCAUAAAUAUAUAAAAGGUUUCUCCCUACAGAGUUUUAGUAACUCAACUUUCAGUUAGGAACUAAGGGAUUAAAGCAGCCAUAUGUUAUUAGCAGCUCAGUGGCUAAUUAUAACAAUGUUGCUCAUGAUUUUAAAUUUUUGCAAAUACCAAAAAACUUUGCUAAAAAUAUGGAAUCUCACUUCAGAUCUCUGUUAUAAAAAGAGAGACUUCUUUGCAUCUUCACUGUGACAUGAGCAUUUUCAGGUUUUUGCCUUUUUUCUUCAUUUAACCUUGUAUGGAAACUUUCAAACAAAGACAAUAGGAAAGUGUGAUCGAUCUUCUAUGUUGACUGCUUUUUUUUUUUUCUCUUAAAGAUUUAUUUAUUUAUACAAGAACCAGAGUACAGGCCAGAUGUGCGGGAGGUUGAGACGAUUCACCAGAGACAGAGCGGGGAACAGAACAGGCAGACUGACAAAAUACACUGCUGAGGAGAGCAGCAGACAGGAGAGGUCUGCCUUACCAUGUGGGCAUCUCUGCAGCCACUGGGGAUCGAACCGGCACUACAGAGGCUGCAGACAGCUUCACAGCGCUGUGUUCAACCACCUGCACCACCAGGGAGGCCCUGUUGACUGCUUUUUUAACCCCCAGGCUUAUUGGGGCCUCCCUGGUGGUGCAAGGGGUUAAGCACCACACUAUGAAGCAAUCCACAGCCUCUGCAGCACGAGUUCGAUCCCCAGUGGGCUAGGGAGCAGCCCACAUGGCGAGGCAGACCUCUCCUGUCUCACCUGCUGCUCCCCUCAGCAAUGUAUUUAAGUCAGCCUGCCUGUUCUAUUCCCCACUCUGUCUCUGGUGAAUCCUUGCACCCCCCCACAUUUCUGGCCUGUACCCCCACUCUUGUAUGAAUAAAUAAAUCUUUAAAAAAAAAAAAAACAACCCAGGCUUCUCAAGACUAGCAUCAAGUUCACAUGUACAGAAACUUCUUCCCCUUAACAUUGAGUACCAAGCUUCUGCUAAGUCCAGGAGACAAAAAUGGAAAACGGAUGGUAGCAGCAAUCUGGGUUGGAAUACCAAAUACCCAGCAGGUGGCAUGAGAGUCACAGAAACACUGUGAGGUGCCCUUAUUUGACAGAAUCUGGAAACAGGCUCUGAGAAAGAACCCUAAAACCAUAGUUAGUUCACAGAGCUGGAACUAGAACCCCAUCUUCUAAUUCGUCUUUGUGUUAAGCCAUUGGAAGCAUCAUAUCACCAAAUAGAAAUUACAAGUAAAUGGUGCUUGUAGGAUUAAUAAGUCAUGGAGAUUUUGCUUUUUUGCUCCCAUCCAUAUGUUUCAACACAUACACGCUCCUCUGUUUACAGUGGAGUUCUGGGCAAGACUCCUCCCACUUAUUUCUCAUUUGAGGCAUUUUAUUUAUUUUUGUAGUGAUCAUUACUCUUUUUUUUUUUAAAUAAAGAGUUUUUUGGGUUUUUUUAAAAGAUUUAUUUUUAUUUAUACAAGCACUGAGUACAGUCAGAAGCACGGGAGGGUGAGAGAAUUCACCAGAGCCAGAGUGGGGAGCAGAGCAGGCAGAAGGACCAAAGUACACUGCUGAGGGGAGCAGUGGGCGGCAGGAGAGGUCUGCGCGCCAGGUGGGACCCUCCUCCGGUGGCCGGGGAGCAGAUGAGGAUCGAACCGGCGCUGCAGAGGCUGCAGGCAGCUUCGCAACCCAGCAUGCAACCGCUGCGCCACCGGGGAGGCCCCAGUGAUCAUUAUUCUUUAAUAUUUGAAAUUCAAUUUGCUUAAAAGGAUUUUUUUUUAAAAAGGUAAUUUACCCUUCCCUUGGUUUGAAAACUGAAACAACAAAAAGCAGUCCCUGUUCUCCUUACAGAGAGCCAUUUACCAGUUCCUUAUGUAUCUUUCAGUGUUUAUGUAAGAAAAUAUAAAUAUGCAAUUUUUCCUCCAUUACACAGAAAGACAAUGUACUAUUUAUAUCUUUUAUACUUCGUUGUUUUUGUGAAACAAAAUAAUCUCUAGAUUUUCUCCAUCAUAACAGUUUCCUCAUUCAAUUUAUAAGUGGAUAAUAUUUCCUGUCUUGGUGCUACAUCGUAUGUUUAACAUACGACAGAUGAAAAUCACUAUUUUAAGAUGCUGUCUAUCUUAUUUCAUACUUCUCCCCUCUUUAGUUCAAGUCAAGCUCUUUCUAUUUAAAAGUGAAUAGCUUUUUUCACUAUUUAAAAGUGAACAGCUCCCACAUGUGCGAGGAAACAGGCUUUGGGCAUAUAGAAUUGUACAUGACUUGUCUAUGGGGAAGUGGAGUGGCGAUGGGUGGUGGUUUUCUACUUCAUGUAUGUGGUUCUAUUAAUAUUUUUAGGCUAAUGUUUCAACCUUUUCGUGUCAUUACUUGUGGCUAAUUGUAAGUCUUAUCAAAAAUCUUAAGUUCUUCCAGAAAUGUAUUUUAUUGUGUCUUAAGGUUACAUUAUUUCCAAGGGAAAUACACAUGGAUUUUAGCAUGAAAUUAAGGAAAAUAUACUCAUGUUUGGCAUAAAAUAAACUUCUCCAGUAAAUAUAUAUUCCAUAUAGCGAUAUCCAUAAUAUACUACUUAUAAUCUGCAUACAUAAGCAUCAUAAAUGCUUUCCCAUAUGCUGAAACAGCAUGUUUGAGUAAUUCCAUUAUAUGAACAGAUCAGGAUUUUAAAGGACAUAUUUCUAAUGUACUGAGCUUUAACUCUGCAAUGAAGGUUGAAUGUUUUCUGCUUGGCUUUUUUUUCUCAACUCAGAAAUUCUCAUUUUUCUCAACAACUGGUAAACUAAGAAGUAAGGUGUUAUCUGCAUUGUAGAGACAGAUGUACCAUUUAGAAUGCAAUGCUGCAUGACGUGAUUAAAAUGACUGGCCAGUCUCCAAACUAACUUAUUUUCCAAUACUAAUUGUGCUGACUUUCUUAUGUUAAUCCUUUUAUCUAGGAAGUCUAUAUAUUCUUUAUUAGUUUUGAAGCAUUUGACUCAUAGACAGUGCAUGUAGACCAUGGAUGCUUCUGUGACUGUUUUAGUCUUCCUGGCCAGAAGUUCUUAGUUGUCUCCCUUUCAUGUUUCUAAAUUUCCUUUACAUCCCUCUUUUCUUUUAUUUACCCACUGAAGUCUCUAGCCUUGAUCUCCUUUCAGUGUUCCCUGCUCUAGUAGUCAAGUUUUAUGGCUGAGUAAUGUGUAGGAAAUAUUGAUUUUUUUUUAAAGAUUUAUUUAUCAUACAAGAGCUGGGGUACAGGUCAGAGGUGCGGGGGGUGAGAGGACUCACCAGAGACACAGUGGGGAGCAGAACAGAUGGAUCUACUGAAAUACACUGCUGAGGGGAGCAGCAGGCGAGACUGGAGAGGUCUGCUGCGCCAUGUGGGUCAGCACCCUGGCCGGGGAUUGAACUCGUGCUGCAGUGGCUGUGGAUAGCUUCACAGGGCUGACGCUUAACCCCUUGUGCCACCGGGGAGGCCCAGAAAUAUUGGUUUAAUUUCAACAAUGACAAUUGGUUGUUGGGGCUUCCUCUUGCAGAGCACUGUUAGGACAGUGGGCGCUGCUCAUAUAUAAAUGGCUGAGAAUCUCGCAGCCCAAACCUGUCUAGAGCUGUAGACAGAGCCCUGGGACGAGACAUUGUGCCAAACAGUUUCAUGAAUGAUCACACUUAAUCUACAUAAUUCAUUAUCUGUGGAGACAGCACCCUCUUACCACUGUAGGUACCAUGAUAAAUUGCUGCCAUUUGAGCCUGCCCCCUCCAGUUGCCUCCAGAUCCUUCAGGAGGGUGAGCGAGGAGGCUGAUUUGAAGGCCAGGAGCCAGAAGAAUCAUGUCCCAGACCAUAUUUUGUAUCUGUUAAUGCUCCUACUUUCUUUUUUUUUUUUUUAAAGAGUUAUUUAUUUAUGCAUACAAGAACUGGAGACAAGCCAGAGGAGGCCCUAAUGACUCCUACUUUAUAGCUGACAACUAUAGUUCGAUAUGGUUCUACAGUCUAACAUAAUUAUAAUUUAUUAAUGCAAAACUGUUUAAGGGCCUCCCUGGUGGCACAAGGGGUUAAGUCACAACCUAUGAAGCUGUCUGCAGCCACUGCAGCAUGAGUUCAAUCCCUGACCAGGGAGCUACCCACAUGGUGAGGCAGACCUCUCCUGUCCCCUCAGCAGUGUACUUCCGUCAAUCUGUCUCUGGUGAAUCCUCUCACCGCCCCCCACCCACACACCUGUGGCCUGUACCCCAGUUCUUGUAUGAAUAAAUAAAUCUUUUAAAAACAAAAGACUGUUUAAAAGAGUUUUCCAGUAAAAUGAAAAUUAUCUCUAAGGAGAUUUUAAAAUAAAAGUAUAUAUGAAAUAAAAAAUAUUAUAAAAUGUGUUUUCUGCAGAGCAAUUUUUAAAUAUAAAAUACAGACAAACUUACAUGUGUAUCAUUGGUCCAACACUGAAUUAGCAGUUGAGAGAAAAGUUGAUUCUGUGUACAGAGAGAUGGAGGAGAAAGCAAAGUUUUAGGAGGAGAAAACAGGGUGAGUCCAGGCCCAUCUGAUAUCUGCUCAAGAACCAGGAAUUUUCCAGUUAGUCCAGGUCAUGGAGUUCCUGCAAGGAAGUAACAGAGUGUCAUAUGGCAAGUGGGGCACCCUUGAGCGGGGCUUGGACUCUGUCCCAGCAUUUGGCCUUUGUAUAAUGAGCAGUACGGAAUCUUAGAAAGUAUUUUAUUGUGCUAUAGCUUUUUUUUUUAAUCUGGAAUAAGAAUUAAAAAACUGGAGAAUUAAAAAACUGACACGAAUUACCUUUUUUAAAAAAGGUAAUUUACCC